CUUGGUUCUUGAUUGUUAAAAUUCUCAAGAGCGCCCUUGGGCCUUGAGGCUUGAAGCUGCCUUGAAACUUUCAAUUGCAUCGACUGGACGUUAAUGCAGCCAUUGGAGGCGGCCUUUGGAAACGUCCAUGAGGAAGAGGAGCAGAUGAAGGCGGGCUAUCAGAGGCUGCAAUCUUCCUUCCAUGGAACCGAUCGCUUGCCCAGACUUGUUGUAAUGCAAGCCUCCUCUUCGACUUCCAAUCAAAUUGACGAGCGGUGAUCACUCUACUUCCCAAUGGAUCCCGGCGAGAAUGAAUCCCUGGAUCAACGAGCUGUCGCUGCUGCUGAGCUGGCCGAAACUGCAGAGGCUGCACCACUGUCGGUACAAGCUAGCGCGGAAAAAGAUGCGAAUGUAGCUACAUUAGGUGAAGCGCAAGAACCCGUCUCAGACACGGCAGCUGCACCUGACUCGUCAGGUCCUUGCGAAACACGCAAUUUACCAGCGAGCCUCUCCUCCAGGGGGGAAAGCAAGGCCCCUGCAAAUGAGCCCAUAGGUCAUGACCCAACGGGGCCUUCUACACCUCCUCUGGAAAGGAUCGCCUCACCUCCAUCCCAGGACCCCAGUCAAAAGGACCCCCUCAACAGUGCCCGUUUGUCUACAGAACCCCAGGCCCCAGGGGAUCAGCGCUCAGGCCCCCUGACAGAUUUUGUCCCCCCUCCUAUACCCCCCUUCAAGCAAAAGUCCUUGCCCACGGCCAAGCCCCCUUCAACCACUUACAGGGAGCGGAGCGCAAGGUUCAAGAGGAAGCGGCAAGAGAAGCAGACCGGCGCGCGAUUGCAGGCUUUUCCCUCCGGAACUGCAUACCCCUUCCACCACAGUUUCAGGGCCAUCCCAGGGGAGAAGCUGCCUAACGGCCAGUCGCCGUAUCCUGGAACCGCACCCCCCGGAGCCCCGCUUUACACCCCGUUGGUUGCCCCCCCAAAGGGAGACAUUCUGAACGCCACCGCGCUUGCACAGCUCACCGGCACCUACCUAGGGUUCCCCUGGCUUUCCAUUGCGGUUUCGGGGCCCCCAAAUCUUGGCGCGGAUUCGCAGGACGGCAGAGCGAGAAAGAGGCGCGCGAAGGGAGCGGAUCCUGAAGCCCCCAGGAUGAUGGCAGACCGCGCCCCCUCCCCUUUGCUGAGCUUUGACACCGGGCGGAAGCCCCGCUGGAAGCCCGCCCCCGCGGGCUUCACAAAGUGUGCGGCGUGUGUGUGGUCGAGGAGGGCCACCGGAUACUGCUACCUGAAACAUGGUGGCGGCAAGGAGGGCGCCAGAAAGGAGCGUGCAUCGGCGGAUGACGGGGCAUCUGAAAAAGACGCCGACGGUGAUCGGAGCAAGGGGGAUGGCGGCGGGAGGCAGGAGGGCGCUGGGGCAACUAGUGCAUUGGGAAGUGAAGGGGCAUCUGAAAAGGACGCCGACGGUGACGGGGGCGAGGGGGAUGACAGCAGGGAGCCAGCGAAGAAUGCGGACGAACGAGGGGUGUGCGAAGCUGGAGGCGCUGCUGGGGCCUCUGGACUGGCCCCUGAAAACACGAUUGCCGGAGACAAGGCUGCUCCGGACGAAGUCCCUGCCGAACCCUCGGCCAGCCUUGAUGGAAAGACAGGCGAUGAUGAUGCAACUGAAGCCCAUGCGCCGGCAGAUGCCGCGAAAGAUAGCGAAUCAGCGGAAGAGAGGGGAGACAAAGAGGCGAGAGAAGGUGGGUUUGCGGAGGGCGCCCUUGGAGAGGGGCUAGAGGCAGGAGGAACGGACGACGAUAUACAAAACGGGGACACAAGGGAGGAGCAAGUGACAGCGGAUGGUGGGGCGGGAGGUGAUGGUCAACGGGUUGGGAAGGACAGCGGGGGACGGCUUGAGACUGGAGGAGGAACUGACGUGGCAGGGAACAGCAACGCAGAGGGGAGGAAGAAAGCGCUGCAAAGUGGACGGCAGAACGGGGGAGAAGGGGCCAGGGGUGCAGAAAACGGGCAGCCAGUCACUGCCGCUGUGAGCGGGCAGUCCGGCACAGCUCCAUCUGACCCCUUGACGGCUGAGCCCCAGUCCAAGGGAUUAGAGGAGGGGAGGUCUCCCGUGCCAGCCGGCAAGACACCUGCAAAAAGUCUUCCAUCCGUAGGCUUCAGCUUUCUGACAGUCAACGAGGCCCCCCAGGGGAAGCGGAAGGAGCCGGACAGCGCAGACGAGAAAGGGCCCGGCCGCCCGAAGCCGUGCAACGCGUGCCGCAAGGUGCGCAAGGGGGGGUGCGGCACGCCGCGCGCAUACUCCGGGUGCGAAGUCUGGAAGCCGGAAGUGCGCGAGUGGCCUCGGAAGCGGGGGGAGGAACGGGAGCUGCGGCCGUGGCCGGCGCACCUCCCCCCCGAAGCGCACGCGCAGAUCCAAACGGUCGCGGCCGACCCUUUGCGCGCUGACUCGGCCGCCAGCGCCGCGUCGAGAAUACCGUACCUCUACUUCGGACGUUCGCCGAGCGGAAUAGACCCCGGAAGCGAGAACGGUCUGGGCGUCAGCCCAGCUCCCUACAGCCGCCUGACCCCCGCGUCGUACCUCUCGCGGCUCAACCAGAGCAGCGCCGUUCCGUCUGGCCCCGCCUUGGUUGACCUGUUUGCCAAACCCCCCGCGAACCUGCGGGCGCAGAUCAGCUCGGUUCCAAAGCCGGGGCCAGGCCCGCUGUCACAGCAAGUGUCGGAAAUCUUCUCCUCUCCCUACGCGGCCCUCCGCUCUCACCAGCCAAGCCCCCCUCAACUGCCCCCAAUUGCGCACCUGAUCGAUUUUCGCUCGGCUGGUUCAAAUCUUGCCGGACACGGGGUCAGGAUGCCCGUUCCGUCCGAGUAUUUUCCCCAAGCACAUGCGCCGCAAAGCGCCCCCAGCCGCUAUGCUGGCGUUCCUGUCAAAGUACUGAACCCGAACGCGCGCACGCCUGACGCCAACCCCGUCGUUCCGCUCUCGAUCCUCCCAGUCCAAAUCCAGAUCCCAGUGCUCCCCGUCUUUAGGAACCCCCCGACGGCGAGCAUCGGUGCCCAGUUGCCCGCUCCAACGCUGAGCAGCAGUAACCAACCGCUUCUAGGUAGCUUCUUGCAAGGGCGGGAGGCGUUCGCCGGGGGGCAGCCGUCAGCUGACGUCAUCAGAAUCCGGGGUGGCGGACCUCGGCCCAGGAAGCGGAAGCAAACGGACGGAAUGACGGGAGGAGCAGAGAAGAAGGCCCGGAACGUAGCUGCGAAGAAGGGGAGCGGAAAAAGAGACGGGGCUCUUGGAGAAGAAAGAAAGCACGAGGCGACCGCAGGCGGCGAGAAUGAUGCUGGGGCGAAACCAGAGGAGGCAUCGGGGAGCAAAGGAAGGGGAGCUGCCGAGGAAGGGUCUUCUGGGGUGACGCCAGAAAGAGAAGGGCUCAGGCGAAGUAGUCGGGUACGGAAAGGGAGGGAGACAGGUCAGACAGAGGAAGCGCCAAGCAAUCGACGGGAGGCACCAGGAGCAAGGGGGCGAAGCAGAAGUGCUGCCAAAGCGAGCACGGAGCGUUCAGAGGGGGCUGGGCCUAGCGGGCAGGGGGAUGCAAGUAAGAAAGAAAAAAAGGGGGGUGGUAAGGCCCGGACGAGGAAAGCGGAAUCAACUGUGGCAGGAGGCAAGAAAGCGACAUCAGAAGGUGAGGCCAAGGGCGGGGGAAGGAAAGGCCGCACUACCGGAACGAAGAGACGGAAAAAGGGGGACGGAACGGGUUCUGGUGGGAGUCGAGCUGGCGGCGUGGGAACGUCAGCCGCAAAAAAAGCGAGGGGGGGAGCCAAAGGGAAGGGCGCUUCCGGCAAGGCACCCCUGAUCGUCUUUGCGCAUGGGGCCGGAGCGGGAUCGUCCUCGCCCUUUAUGCAAAGGUGGCGGGACCUUCUUAGAGAGGCACUGGGCGCGGUGGACGUCGUCACAUUUGAUUAUCCCUAUCUGGCAAGCGGCAAGAAGGGAGCACCGCCCAAGGCCGAGAAGCUGGUCGACUUCCACAUCGCGACGAUAAAAUCGGCGCAAGAAAAGUACCCGGGCGCUCCCCUUGUGCUGAUUGGCAAAUCAAUGGGAUCCAGAGUAAGCUGCAUGAUCGGCGGUCGGGAGGACAGCGGCCUGGACGUCGCUGCCGUGGUCUGCCUGGGGUACCCUCUCAAGGGCAUGGGGAAGGGUCCGCUCCGUGAGCAGACGCUGUUGGACCUCAAGUGCCCGGUGCUCUUUGUCCAGGGCAGCAAGGACUCCAUGUGCCCGCUCGAUUCACUGGCAGACGUCCGAGAGCGUAUGUCUGCGGACAACAACUUAUACGUCGUGGAGGGCGGCGAUCACGGGCUGUCGGUCGGUGUAAAAGCGCUCGCGGCCCAGGAGCUCACUAAAGAGGAGGCCGAGUCGGCAGCGCUUGAGGCGAUUGCGACCUUCCUUAGUCCCUUGCUCUGAUGAAUCUUCCAGAUUACUUUCGCAUGAGUAGUUAGGGGGACAAGUACCUGCCAGGUGUGUCGGUCACACAUUCUUUGAUUCGCGAGCUCUAUGGUUCCUGUAGCGGCGGGACGAAGACAGAGCGAGACGAUGCAGAUUCGAUGAAAGAGGUGAGAGAGUUCAGAAGGUUGUCAGAAAGUGUGACCGGUUAGAAUCUCCUAAGGCGGCCGCCAUGUUAUUGUGCGACCCACGUCACAGGCGAUUCCAAGUUUGCUCCAAACGAUGUUAGAUUCGGAUCAACCGAAUUUGUUAC